AUGGAGAGACCUUCUUUUUUAGACCAAUCUCCUCCACCAGGUUACGUUGCUGGUGUAGGUAGAGGGGCCACAGGAUUCUCUACAAGAGGAGGGAAAUAUAUAAAUCAUAAACUUCCGAAGAGACUACAAGGUAAUAUCACCAAUGAAAUUCCCAUCGAAGAUACUACUGAUGAAGAGGAAGCUGAAGAAGUAUUUGCAGGUAUUGAGAAAAAGUUAACGUCGAAAAGGAUGCACAAAACUAGUAAUUUGAGCACUACUUCUAGAGAUCCCAUAUCUGAUAUACCGCAUCAAUUUGCAGACCUAAAACGUUCACUGGCCACGGUUUCUGAAGAGGAAUGGUUACACAUACCCGAGGCAGGAGAUACUACUAGACGUAAUAAAAGGAAUCGAAUGGAAGAACAACAACAUAGGAAAACUUAUGCGGCUCCUGAUUCUUUAAUCUCGAAAUCCGUAGAUUUAGUUAAAUUAACAGAGGAACGUGAAAAGAUAUUGGCUCGUAAGCUAGAUUCUGGUUUUGACGAUUUGAAGAGGCAAACAGAUAGCGGUAGUGUUGGGAUAAUAGAUAAAUUAGAAUCAUUAAUAACAGAUGUGUCCAAUAUUACUCCUACAAGCAAUGAUGACAUUAAGAAAACAAGACUAAUUUUACAAUCUUACAGGAGAAGUGAACCACGAAAACCAGAUGCUUGGCUAGCGUCUAUUAAGUUAGAAGAUAAUGCAAGAAAUUUUCGUCUCGCGAAGAACUUAGCUGAAGAGGGUUGUUCCAAUUGUCCCAAAAGUGUCGAUCUCUGGCUUGAGAAUAUAAGGUUGCACUGCGCUGACUUGCACCGUUGCAAAGUCUUAGUGACAUCAGCAAUAAGAUUCAACCCCCAAAGCGUGGCUUUGUGGUUGAAAGGCGUUGAAUUGGAAAACGAAGCCCUUAAUAAAUAUCGAGUAGUUAGGAAGGCUUUACAAGAAAUGCCGUAUAGUGAGGAGCUUUGGAAAUUAGCAAUUAAGUACGAAAAAGAUAAAGUGGAAGGACUAAAAAUCCUAGAACGAGCAGUUGCUUUUGUCCCAAAAAGUUUAAGUCUUUGGAAGGCUUUAAUUAAUAUACAAGAGCCUGCAGCAGCCAAAGUAUCUUUAAAGAAGGCUAGAAAAUAUUUGCCCAACGAUGCCGAUUUAUGCGUACUAGAUUGUCAAUUAGAAGAAAUGUCUAAUCCAACGUUGCUGGAGGCAGAUUUGUCAGCCAUCUUGCAUAAUUAUAUUUCACAUUUGAAAAAUAACAAAGUACAACUAUUAAGUUUGAAACAGUGGUUGGAGAAAGCCAGAAAAUUGGAAGACGAAGAAAAAUACAAACUUACGUUCAUGACACUAUUGAGCGUCAUAUUAGCUGAAUAUCCAUUGGAAGAAUGUGUGAAUGAAUUAAAAUCCUUCGAACCAUGUCGAACUAAAUUAUAUUGUUUUAAAACGUUAUUGAUCAACCAUCAAACUGAUUUGAAUCUGUGGAAUAUCUUUAUCGAGGCAUGUGAUUUAUUAGAUAAUAAGGACGAAAUGUACACGACAUUCGAUGGUAUUCUAUUUUACGGAUCCCACCCUUCUAUUAUCAAAAAAAAUCAAGACUUAAUUUUGAAAUACGGCAAAGAAAUAUGUAGAGAUUCUCAAGACUCGGAAAAAGCUCUGUCAAUUUUCAAUAAAGCGUUGUAUAUUUUACCUGAAUCUUCAAAACUAUUGUCUGCAAAAUUCAAGUUGCUAUGCACCUUAGGAAGAUUUGACGAAGCUGAAAUUUUAGCAACGAAUAUAUUAGAGAAAAACAGUGUUGAUGAUCCGGAAGGAGUUGAGAAAUUCCAUUAUUACUAUGCUAGUCUAUUAAGAUAUAAUGGCCAGAAUGAGAAAGCUAUACAAUUUCUUUCAGAAAGCUGUCUGCCACAUUUUCCAAAAAACUACAAAUUUUAUUUGCAAUUAGGACAAAUCUAUAUCGAUACAAAAGACUAUAAAACAUCUCGAGAAAUUUAUCUCUCGGGAACGAAGGAACUCCCUGAUUCUCCUUUAUUAUGGAUUUAUCUAGCUCGUACUGAUGAGAUAUACUUAAAGAAUACAAUAAGAGCGAGGUCCGAAUUAGAUACGGCAAUUUUAAAGAACCCAACAUUAGAUAUUCUCCUUAUAACCAAAGCUCAGAUGGAGAGUAGAUUAGAGAAUUACCAGCAAGCAGAAUUAAUUGUUGAUCAAGGCCUAAUGAAAUUUCCAAAGAGUCCAGGUCUUUGGGUAGAAAGGAUACGGUUAUUAGGGAAUAAGAGGGCUUCUCAAAGGAAAACUAUAUUCCAAGACGCAUUAAAGAAAACUGGUAAUGACCAUGCUAUUUUAUUGGAGAUCGGUAUGUCAUUGUACUCCGAAAGUCAAUAUCAGGCAUCCUUAAAAUGGUUUGAAAGAGCCGUCAGGAAAAAUCCAAGAUAUGGAGAUUCAUGGAUAUGGCUAUUUCGUUGUAUGAAAAAAUAG